GAAGUCCCCGUUUGCUUUAGACCAUCAUGGCCGUCGUUGGUAUUGACCUUGGUGCGCUGAACAGCAAGAUCGGUGUCGCAAGACAUCGAGGUAUUGAUAUCAUUGUGAAUGAAGUCUCGAACCGUGCCACUCCGUCGCUCGUAUCGUUUGGGCCCAAACAAAGAGCAAUUGGCGAGGCUGCCAAAACCCUCGAGACGUCUAACUUCCGCAACACCAUCGGCAGCUUGAAGCGUCUCAUCGGCCGUACGUUCGCGGAUCCGGAGGUACAGGAAGUGGAAAAGAAGUUCCUCAAUGCGACAUUAACUGAUGUUGGCGGGACUGUUGGCGUCCAGGUGCAAUACCUGGGAGAACAGCGUACAUUUUCCAUUACUCAGGUUUACGCAAUGUACCUUGGCAAGCUCCGUGACAUCGCAGCCAACGAGCUCAAGACCGGUGUGGCCGACAUCGUCAUUACUGUCCCGGGUUGGUACACCGAUAUCCAACGACGGGCAGUCCUUGAUGCUGCUCAGAUUGCGGGCCUGAACGUACUUCGCCUGAUCAACGACACGACUGCCAUUGCGCUUGGAUACGGUAUCACCAAAUCAGACCUUCCUGAAGCGGAGAACCCGCGGCACGUCGUCUUCAUCGACGUCGGUCACUCAAGCACGAGCUGUGCCGUUGUUGCAUUCUCCAAGGGCCAGUUGACCGUCAAGAGCACAGCCUAUGACAGGCACGCUGGUGGACGCGACAUCGAUUACGCCCUGCUCAAACACUUCUCGGCUGAGUUCAAGGAGAAGUACAAGAUCGACGUCCUCUCGAGCCCCAAAGCGUCUUUCCGUCUCGCUGCCGGCUGUGACCGCGUGAAGAAGGUGCUCUCCGCAAAUGCCGAAGCGCCGCUGAAUGUCGAGUCGAUCAUGAAUGACAUCGAUGCCUCCAGCCGGCUCUCCCGUGAUGAAUACGAGGGGCUGAUUGCGGAGGUACUGGACCGUAUUCCUGCCCCCCUCCAGCAAGCGCUGGCGGAUUCGGGCCUCACGCUCGACCAGAUUGAUGCGAUCGAGCUCGUCGGCGGGUGCACGCGUAUCCCUGCCGUGCGCGCUAAGAUCCAGACGGUCUUCCCGGACAAGACGCUCUCGACAACGCUGAACCAGGACGAGGCAGCGGCGCGCGGUGCGACGUUCGCAUGCGCUAUGCUCUCGCCCGUGUUCCGCGUGCGCGACUUCAGCAUGCACGAUAUCACGCCCUACUCGAUCAAGGUGCAGUGGGAGCGCCAGGCCGACGACCAGGACGACGACACGGAGCUAGUUGUGUUCCCGAAGGGCAACGCCAUCCCGUCGACGAAGGUGCUCACGUUCUACCGCAAGCACGCGUUCGAUGUCGAGGCGCAGUAUGCAGAACCCGCAGCGCUGCCCGGAGGGAUCAACCCCUGGAUCGCGCGGUUCACGGCGAAGAGCGUCGGACCGGACGAGAAGGACGACUUCACGUGUGUCAGGCUGAAGACGAGGCUUAACUUGCACGGUGUCGUGUCGUUCGAGCAAGCGUAUGUCGAGGAGAUCGAGGAGAAGGAGGAUGCGAUGCAGGUGGACGGUGAGGAGCAGCCCAAGAAGAAGCGCGUGACCAAGAAGAAGGAUAUUCCUUUCGUCUGGGCAUCGUCUUCGAUGGAGUCCUCCCUCCUCGAGAAGUUCAAGGAGCAUGAAGCGCAGAUGCACGCUGCGGACAAGCUUGUCCUGGACACUGAGGACCGCAAAAACGCUCUCGAGGAGUACGUAUACGACACCCGUGCUCGCCUCGAUGAGCGCUACGCAUCGUAUGUUCAGCUACAAGAGAAGGAGCGUCUCCUCGUCGCCCUCCAGGAAGCGGAGGACUGGCUGUACACGGAGGAGGGCGAGGACGCGACCAAGUCGGCAUACGUCGAGCGACUGGAUGCGCUCAAGAAGCUCGGCGACCCCAUCACGUUCCGCCACCGCGAGGCGGAAGAGCGCUCGAGGGUGGUGAGCCAGCUGCGCGAGACGAUCAACACGUACAUGGCGCAGGCCACGUCGGGCGAGGAGCGGUUCGCGCACAUCGAAGAGAAGGAGAAGCAAAAGAUCGUCGAGAAGUGCGCGACGGUGCAGAAGUGGCUCGAGGACCAGAUCGCGCGGCAGUCGGAGCGGCCGAAGGACGUCGACCCGGUGCUGACGGGCGCGGACGUCAUGAAGAAGCGCGACGAGAUCAUCUACCUCGCGACGCCGAUCCUCACCAAGCCCAAGCCCAAGCCGCCAAAGGUCGAGGGCGCGGACACGCCGAAGAGCGGGCAGCAGACGCCCCAGCAGGAGCAGCAACAGCAGGCGGAGGGCGACGCGAAGAAGGAUGACGGCCCUUCGGAGAUGGACGUGGACUAGAAUGUCGUUUCCGCUACGUGUUGUCAUGAUUAGCACCGACGGGGGGACGUGAGUAGCAUCUUAGAAAAAUAAUGUUUCGAUGUAGAAUAUCACUGCAGACUCGGUUUAUCGCACCAGCAUCUGUGGUCUUCAGCUCGCUC